ACCAUCUCCCCUGCUACUCAACUCCACACUUUCAUCACCAAAAGCGUCUCACAACAACUCUCGAGAUGGCGCGCACUAAGCAAACUGCCCGCAAGUCCACUGGUGGCAAGGCCCCUCGUAAGGCUCUCGCCUCCAAGGCCGCCCGCAAGUCCGCCCCGUCUACCGGUGGUGUCAAGAAGCCCCACCGCUACAAGCCCGGCACCGUCGCUCUCCGUGAGAUCCGUCGCUACCAAAAGUCGACCGAGCUCCUCAUCCGCAAGCUGCCCUUCCAGCGUCUUGUCCGUGAGAUCGCCCAGGACUUCAAGUCGGAUCUUCGCUUCCAGUCCUCUGCCAUCGGUGCUCUCCAGGAGUCCGUUGAGGCUUACCUCGUGUCCCUCUUUGAGGACACCAACCUGUGCGCCAUCCACGCCAAGCGUGUCACUAUCCAGUCCAAGGAUAUCCAGCUGGCCCGUCGUCUCCGCGGCGAGCGCUCUUAGAGAGUGAAGUUUCCGCAUCACCUCCAAAUACCACUUGUUUCCUCGACCAGCCAUUCCGGCUAUCAUGAUCACAAGCGGACGGUGAUUGCUCUUGCUUUUGGGGAUGGAAUGCCAGGCGUUUAAGGUUUACUCAAAUGGAAUGACGGACUCGGGGAUUCUGGCUUUCGGUGGAGCAUGGCACGGUUGCCC